AUCUCCUAGAUACCCGCUAUGAACUAACACUUCCCUCCCCCGUGAUCCUCACAGGCUAUUAGGUCGCUCCUUUUGGCUGUGGCUCAGUCCUGAAGAGUCACCCUAUCUUGUCCCUAUGUGCUCCGGCAACCAGUGCCGAGCGCUCGCUGUAGGUUGUCCCCGCAAACCUGGUGUACGGACGCCCUCUGAACUGAUAAGGCUGCACCAGUAUUCACCGCCCAGCUUCAACAGUGGUUGUACCACCUCCACAUCAUACAAGCCUGACAACGCAAAUCACGGAGGUUUGGCUACGAACGCAUUCACCUCAACCGACGGCGUACCCACCGAGACCACUACUAGGUCUAUCUGAUCUCCGCAUCCUGCAUGCUUCUGGUGAUUCACACUUGCGUGGUCUCUGUACCGGACUUGCUUAAGCGCUCUACACGCUACCAAUCAUUUGCGGCUUGA